ACAUUUGGGGGUGGGAGUUUAUAUGAAUGUAUCUCUGAGGGAAACUGACUGUCUUUAGAAAAGUUUAGAUGAUAUUUUAUUUUCAUCUGGUCUCUGUGUAAUGCAUAUUAAGCAGCAUUCAUGAAGAAACGCUGCUGUUCCAUAAGCGCCACCUGCUGCCAGAGAGUGAAACUGCGUCUCAUUCAUAGCUUCUGCUGUCUUUGUUUCAUGCAAAUGUUUUAUGUAGUAUAGUUUGACAAAACUAAAGUCAGAGCAUUCUGUUUUUGUUUUAAAAUGUCAAAUUAUACAAUCUAAUUUAGAUUUAAACUGCUUAUGCUGCUUGUAUUCAGCAUCUUUGUUUGGAUUGUGAUUCAAAUACAGUGGUUGACUCUAAUUUUGAAUGGAAAGAGCACAAGCAAAGCCUUUGUUCAUAUGAAGUUGUUUUUUUUAAUUUAUUUUUUACUUUAUUUAUUUGAUUUGGGGUUUGUUUUAAAGUGUAACUUUAGUUUUGUUAUUUGACAUUUCUGAUUCACAAAGAAAUGUGCAGCUUUGUUUUCAAACUAGGAAACCUUUCAUUUACGAUUUGGCUUAAAAAAACAAAUAAAUACAAAUAAAAUCCCGAGAAAAUCGUAUCGUGAAGUGAAUCGAUACAUCUCUAAUCAUGAAUGUCAGCACGUUUGGCACUGACAGAAUAGAUGUAAAAUACUCAAGUAAACCUCCUUUCCCUAAUUUGUGACAGAAAGCAACCAUACAACCAGUUUCGCUUGGGAAUAGAUUAAGUAUCCUACUAUGGCGAAGCCAAUUGACUCAAUAUUCUUGGUUAAGGCAAGGAAUACAGCAAAAACAACUGGGCAUGCGCACAUCGAUAUAGCGUAAUUUUUCUCACACUGUACAACAAUAAUGAUUUUUGCAUUAUUGUAAGGGUAGGUUUGAGUUUGGGUAGGUGUAGACGUUAAUAAAACACAAUCUAAUAGGUUGAAAAUUCUAUUUAUUCUUAACUUCCGGUUUCUUCUGGCCACAACCAAUAUUAUUUGACAUGAUAUGAGCAUACAGUGACGUGACGUUUUAUUCUUAUUAUUUGUUUUUGUUUAUUUUAGUUAACAUACAUUUGAAAAGCUUUGGAAUUCGCUUACAACGUCUGCGUUUCGUCAAACCAGGUAGGCGUACAGGACAAACGUCAUGAAACGUGAAAUAUAUUCACGAGCUCAUCCUUUGCCAUAGUAGGUUUCGUGAGCUCGACUCUUGUUCUCGUUCUUCUCUCACUCCUGGACAGGUAUGACGAUCGAUUAGUCGGGUCUGAGCAGGUGUUUUCCAACUCAACAGUUUGUGUUUGUGCUGUAAACAGAAACUCUCAUUUCCUGGAAACAAUAAAUGACAUUUGGUCCAAGCCAUGAAUGUCUUCAGGUGCUCUCUGGAAAUGAAAUAAAGUUGGAACGCUUAAUUUUGGAAGUAUAAACUAAUAUUCAAAGUUGACCAGAAAUGCUUAUAUUUGUCCUCCUGCUGUGUCAUUUCACUUUAUGUGGACACUGUGCGUGUAUGAGAAAAACCCUACAAACACCAACAGAUCUAGACAAUAAAGUGUUUGUUGUGGACCAGGAGGCCAACACAUUUUUAGGACGGCACCUGUUGUUCAACCGCUUCGACUUUGAGAUCUUCACCCCAGGUAAUCUAGAACGUGAGUGCUACGAGGAGAUAUGCAAUUACGAGGAGGCUCGGGAAGUCUUUGAGAAUAUCCCUGAUACAAAUAACUUUUGGAAGAUAUAUACAGCGGAUCAGGGUGAAUCCCAAUCUAAAGUUGAUGUAACAGCAUUGCUGGUGGGCAUCAUCUCCGCUGCAGUCUUUAUUGUUAUAGUUGGCCUCCUUCUCUGGUACUUCUGCAAGGGGAGGAAUAAAGACCAUGGCUUCCGAGGCUCCAUCAGACGCCGAUCCAGCCGAAGCAAUGCCACUGUGAUCAUCCGGAGACUGGAGGAGGUCUCUCUGCAUCCUAUUCCUCACACGGGCUCCAAUUCCAGCACAGAUGCUCAUGGUUUACCUUCUUAUGAACAGGCCAUUGCCAUCAACGGACCACAUGAUGCCCCGCCUCCGCCGUAUCCUGGUUCCAGGCCUGGCAGCAGCCGACGAUAACUACACCAUUGUUUGCCAAACUGAAUCAGGAUGGACUAAACCAUUUUAUUUUAUUUUUUUACUGAACUGAAAAUGUGCUAAACCAUUCGGAUGUAACUCCCUGGAAUAUCCCACUAAUAUAAUUAUUGGUAAAAUUUGGUAAUGCAUUGCAGCUUUAAGUCUUAUUAGGCAAUUAAUUAAAACAUAUUUUUGUAUACUGUAUGUAGAUAGUUAGAAAUAAUCUAGCAAGAUAAACUUUAAAACCUAAUCACCAUUUUUACUCUCUUUCAAAUUAUUUUUAAUAGUGUUUAAUUAAAACUAUAACCACUGAAAUCUACUUUUGAUUGAUGAUAAUAAUAUUUCAUUUAAUAUGGUGGGCUUUUAUGAAGGACAAAUAAUUGUAUAAUUUUUUUUUGUAUGCUAUAGUCCAUUAUAAUGAUCUAGAGUGUGACUUUGAAUUUGUGUACUGACUGGAUCAGUGUUUGUUGUACAUUUCUGAGAAAUAAUUCUGUGAACAGCACUUCAAAAACAAGAUUACCUCCUCUAAUGUCAGGGCACGUAUGUCACGCUGUGAUUUUGCACUAAACCUUGUGCGUAUAGAUAAACUAGUUAUGUUGCUUUAAUCUUAUUGAUUAUUAUUGAUCAUUUUAUUUAAUAAUUUUAUUUAAUUCUACUGGCAUAAAAACCCAGCUUUAAAGGGCAUUUUGCCAAGCGGUUGAUACUGUACAGAUGUACAAGAGGUUUAUGGAGGCUGAAGCACUUCUUUGAUGCCUUUUGAAUGAUUGUGGCAAGGCUAUGUUAUCAUAGGGCUAUUAAUAGACUUUAUAAUAAACUUUCUUCUUUGUUGACUA